AGUGCUUCAUGUCUUGGCGCGAACUCCUUCCCCCCUGGCUGGUGAUCGUGGCAGGACUGACGGGCAUCGUGCUACUUUGUGUCUCCACUAAAGAUGUGCCCACCACCCCUCUCGGGACCAAGUAUGGCAUCGUUCUGGAUGCUGGCUCAUCCCACACCAUCCUGUUCAUCUACCAGUGGAGUGCCAACAAAGCAAACAACACCGGGGUGAUCAGGGAAUGCAGCUCCUGUACUGUGCAAGGUCCUGGAGUCUCCAACUACUCAGAUUCUCAGAAAGUAGGGAAGAGUUUGAAGCCAUGCUUGCACUGGGCCCAGAGAGAGAUCCCAGCAGAGCAGCACAGCCAAACGCCUCUCUACUUGGGAGCAACUGCCAGCAUGAGGCAGCUGAACCUCACCCAUCCCACCCUCUCUGAUGCUCUCCUUGCGGCCCUGACUGUAGCCCUGAAGUCAUCCCCCUUUGACUUUCAGGGGGCGCAAAUCCUGUCCAGCCUGGACGAGGAAGCAUUCAAGUGGGCUGCUGUUAAUUACGUUCUGGAGAACUUCAUCAAGUACGACUGGCGAGGACAGCUGGUCUCCUCCACAAAGGGGAUGGCAGGAGUUCUGUCCUUGGGAGGAACCUCAGCACAGCUCACUUCCAAGAUGGAAGAAAAGAACCGGGCACCAGAAGGAGUGAGGCUGCAGCUGUAUGGACAAACACAUAAGGUAUACACUCAGCAGUGCCCCUGCCAUGGCACAGACCAGCUCCGCAGCAGGCUGCUCUCCAUGCUCAUACAAGAUCAGAGAAAUGUGAAAACUAUAUCUAACCCUUGCUGGCCCCUCACCUACUCCCAGGAGGUGCAAUGGCAUUCAGUGCACGCUGGGCCUUGUGCUAUCAGCAGUGACACAUUGGACAUCCCCAGCCCUGAAGACAUGUUCAACAUCACCGGCUCCAGCAAUUCUACUGCCUGCAGGAGGCUUAUGCAAAGGCUGCUCAACUCCUCUUCUUCCUGCAGCUUCUUCAAGCAUUCUCUCAGCAGUGUUUUCAAGCCCCCCUGGACCAGGUUUCUGGUGAUUUCUGAGGCCCUGGACUUCCUGAGAGAGAGUGUACCCUCUCCUGAUUUGAGUCAGGCAGUCAACAAGCUUUGUGGAAUGUCUGUCGAAGAGCUAGUCAAGGAAUCUCAGACAAGUCUGGAUACACUUGUUGAUUACUGUGCUGCGUCCACCCUCAUCUUUCAUCUGAGUACAGAGGGAUACACGUUUGACUUUCACAGCUCUGUUCGGACUGAGUUCCAGGAGAAGAUUGGUGACAUAUCAUCUGGCUGGACUCUUGGGUACCUGCUGAGUCUGACCAACACCAUCCCCCAGGACAACCCAAGCUUCCUCAAGGGGAUUGAACCAGGGGUCUGGUCUUUGCUCCUCAUCCUCUUUGUUGUGCUGCUCACUGGCUCUUUCAUGCGCAUUUCAUACCGAGUGAUGGUCAAGGAAAACAGCUUCAGUAACAGGAACAGCAGUGUUUUUGAUGACAACUGACUGUUAUUCCAGGACUGGAUGCUCUUGUGAGAGGGCAGUUAACAACGUACAAAUAGAAAACACACAGGUGUACCUCAGUGGAAGAUGCAAGGGAUUUUCCUACAAGACUUCAGAACCUCAGUGCCUUAUUUCAACCUGCUAGCACUUGCACUACUGUAGGUAGAGACAAGAGAUCUUGCUCUGUAGGAAGCCUGAGAUUCCCAGUGGGUGGCAAGCUAUACGUUCUCCAAAUGAUCAGCUUGCACAGAUCUUGCUUGGGCUGCAACUAAGAUUACUAGUGUUCACACAAUGGAACCAUACCCUUGAACAGGCCAUAAGCACUACUGUAGAGUUAAUAUUGAAUAAUCUUAUCCAGUCAAGAGAGAUCUUUUCUGGAAAAGGUGCUCUGUCUCUCCUCUGACUACAAAAGAGAAGAUUCCUGCAAUGUCUCCAGUAAUGAAGAUUGAAACUGCCUUAAAAUACAAUCAGCAUAUAACAGCUAACUUGCUUCCCUGUUCUAGAGAAAAAAAGCAAAUACUUUUUUCCUGCUGCUGCUGAUCUGUUUUUCCAUCGUAGUGACAGUAUGCAUGCCAGCCUCCCUUCCAGGGAAUGCUCCUACUGAGUGAUAAUCCUCCAAAAGCAACGGUCCUUGUUUGGUGGUAAUGGUACUGCUAUCAGCGUUAUCAGUGUUACAGUAGCAUGCAGAGGCCCUGGUGGAGAUCAACACCUUCCUGUGGCAGCAACUCUGAAAGUGUGUAUUAAGUAUCUCUGCUCCGCAACUGCAGAAAAUGCGCCGAGCACCAAAGGAGAAACAAAAGGCAAAGAUACACAACUGAGCUCCUGUCUCUCAGCUAAGCCGUGGUAACUCCAGAUUACACUUGUCAACUUAAACUCUUUUAUCAGGGGUCAAAUUAACGCAUUUUAUCUCAUAUUUGCUAAAUCUGGGGACACGCUUGGCUGAGGUUCACCAGUUCAUUCAGUUGCACUAAACUGCCUGUCAUGCUGACUCUGGAAGGUGAAGUAUUUCGUCUAAUACUGCCCUUUAGAGAACAGCAGACCCAAGAACAGAAGGUGAAUUUCCCAGUUGUCAGUGCAAUGACUUCUGUGUUAGACUGUGACCAAAGUUACCUUAUAAUCCAAUACUCAGGAUUCCUCUGAGACUUAGCAGUCAUUCUAGCUCCUCUGGUCUGCUCUGCUCAUCUAACACAUGAGGUGCAGUACAAGUUCCCAGUGUUAUUGUGAAGAAAAGGGACAGAUUCUGAUGAAUACUUUUUUUAAAUGCUUACUAAAGAAUUUAGAGUUCAUUUCUCAGAUAGUUUGAGUGACUUAAAUACAUAAGCUCUGUUAAAAGCCGAAGGGAUGAGUGCCUCCAACUCAUUUCAGACUACUUUAACCAUGUUUAAUUGCUUAUAGAUGCAGUGAUGUGCCUUGUAGGAUCUUUAAAGCUAUCAUGGUGCCCAAAUACAUUCAAACCUGGUUAUUAAUCCUUUGUGCUCCUAACUUACGUACAGGAACUCCCAUUCAUAAUUUUGGUGGGUGUACUCAUAAAUUUUCAAGCCAUUUAAUGAAGAUUUGGAACUUGUCAGUCAAGUUUGGAGGGGUGCGGAAGCAGAUUUAAACAAGCUUCAUAUUAAUUUGAGUUGCACAUUAGAUAUUUUUAAUUAUAUCAUGUUAUUAAAAAGAUAUUUUAAUA